AUGACGUCGUUCGCCCCACACUCCCCUGCAGCGGCGGAGGGUCGUUCCCCCAUUGAGAGGGAUCGUUUACGCUCUGUGGGUGGGUUUUCGGAGUUGUUUAAUGACUCCAAUGAUUCCUCCAAAUCGGCCGUUGCCGAUGCCUUUUCCGUUUCCGAUUUCUCUGGAUCUACUACCGCGAACACUAAUCCCAUGGUGCUCCAUGGAUUCGCCCCUGAUUCGGAGCCGGAGGUUGAUUCCGGUGUUGCCCUUGUUCGAGCCAGGCGAUCGUUGUUUCGGAUAUCUUCUUCGUCGACCCGGGGUAGGAUUGAAGCGGCUCCAUUGAGUUGCUCUUCUACUUGUGGAGUUAUCAUCGAUAUGCUUCGUAUAUACUGCCCUCUCACCGUCGAGCCACUGGAGUACCGUGUUGGAGGCAAAAUUGAAAAUCAUUUGGGUCAAUGAUUUACUAUCCUAUGGCUACAUGUUGUAUGGUAUGAUCUCUACAGAUGAGGUAAAAAUCGAUAUACUUGUUGCGAAAAAUUGUAGCUUACUUGAUUGUCCCUGAUUAUGUGUGUGUGCAAAAUUUGUGUGGCAAGUCAUUGUUG